AUAUUAAAUUAUAAAAUGAAUUAUAUUUCUACGUCCUUGAAUAUAAAAUGAAAGUUGAUACUAGAACGAAGUUUUUUUAUCUAUGAUUAAGGUUAUAGUGAACUAGAUCUUAACCUUAUAAUGAAAAAUUUAGUGAUUUCUACAAUUUAUAAAAAAUAAAAUAAUUUUUGUAAUUUUUUAAAAUUACUCUUUUGUAAAUAAUGUAAGUCAAAACUUAUUUGACGUUCUUAAUAAAAAUCUUUCGCAAAAUCAGUAUUUCAUAAAAAUGUUGCAAUUUAAUGGAACAGUUUAUAAUAUUGCAACUAGACUUACUUCUCGACUUUUAUGGCGAUUAAAUGCAACAUUGACUACAAAUGCAGCUACAGUAGCUUCUGAAUCUAAAGUUAACAUUAAGCUUAAUGAUCAAAUAAAAGAGAUAAAAUCACAUGUUACAAUGAUGAAUAAUACACAAUGUAUGGAAUUUAAUGAAUUAAAAAUAAAAUUGUGCAAAGAUUUAAAUAUAAAAUCUGUAAUUAUUACUAAGAUUGAACAAGCACAAAGUAUAAAUGAACUAUUUGAAAUUAUGAAAAUAUCUUUGUCUCAAGAUGAUAUUUUGAAUGCUCUUAAAAUUAUUACAACGUGGAUAACUGAAAAUAAUAAAAAUGAUUUAAAUUUCACAAAUAAACAAAGUUCAGAACAAACACAAAAAAAAAAUAAUGAAAAAAAAAAUUUGGACAUUAAUGAUAUAUCUGUUUACAAUGACUUAUCAACAUCUGAAAUGAUUAAGGAAAUAAACAAAUUAGCAUAUGAGGGCAAUAGAAAUAUAAAGCUUUUAAAUUUUUUCUUUCAAAAUAUUAUUGAAUAUCAUAAUGUAUUAAGCGCAGGAGCAUGUUCAAAUUUAAUGUUUAGUAUGUGUAAAUUAUCUUAUUCAGAUGAGAGAUUACUUAAAAAAAUUUGUAAGGAUUUCAUACAGAAUAAAAAAAUUGCAAAAAUAAAAAAUAUAACAACAAUUUCUAUACUAAAAUCUAUGGCACAAGUCAGGUAUAAAAACGAUAAAUUUUUAAAUCAUAUAUGUGAAGAUAUUAUUAAUUCUAAAAUUAAUUAUACAAUCAAAGAAAUUACAAACAUUUUACAUUCAUUUGCAAUAUUAGGUUAUUAUUCUGAUUAUGUAAAUAAAUUAAUAAAGAUAUAUGUAUCAAAUAUCGAAUAUGAAAAACUUGAAUAUUCUACAAAAUUAAAUCUUAUAUGGUCCUUUGCUGUAUUCAAAAUAUUGCAAAAUAUACAUGCUACAUAUGUAUUAGAUGAAGAAUUUGUUUCAAAACUAAUGUUAAUUGAUGAGAAACAGAAAUUAACUCAUCAAUUAAAGUUAUUAAAUAUUAAUGGAUAUGCACAAUAUGCACUCAAAGAUUAUUUUGGACCCUUUCUUAAUAAACAAAUUGUACCAGAUAUAGUAAAUAUUCGUUCAAAACAAAAGAAACUAUAUGUUGAUGCACUUGAAAUAACAUUAAAAAAUAUGUUACCAUCUGCAUCUUAUUAUAAAAUGAAUAUAAAUACCAAAAUGGGAUUUCUUUUAGAUGCUGAAUUAUGUAUAGAUUUAAACUUUAAUUUUAUUCCUAUAGACGAUGUUAAUCAAGAUAAAAAUUUCAUUAAAAUAGCUUUAAUAUUACUUGAUUAUUAUGAUAUGUGUUUGGGAGAUUUAACUCAUCAUGGUUUAAUUAAAUUACAUUCUCAUUUAUUAAAAUGUAAAAAAUAUGAAGUAUUGCAUAUAUCUUACCAAUAUUUUGGUAUAGAAGAUAAACUUGAAAGACGUAUAUCUUAUUUAAAACAUCAGUUAUGGAAAAAAUUUAAAAAGACAUAAUAAUCAUCAAAUAUGAUUUCAUAUUAUGUAUUACUUGAUAAAUAAAA